AUGCCCAGGGGACAGAAGAGUAGGGCCCGAGCUCGUGAGAAGCGCCGCCAGGCCAAAACUGAGUCCCAGGAGCUUGAGGGUACUCAGACCAUGCCAUCAGAGCAAAAAGGGUCAUCCUCUUCCUCUGCUCAGGCCUCUGGAGAUGCUGUCCCAAGUCCCUCUUCUGAUACCCUUACCAAGUUGUUUCAAGGAAUGUCUUGUACCACCACUUUCAGUAUUUGCAUUGCCUGCAAAAGGGUUGAUCCAAAUGCCAAGAGCCAACGGAAGAAAAAUGUGAGUUCCUCUAUGGCCCAGCAAUCCACGAGCCCAAAGCAAGAUCUUCUAACAAGGAAGACUGGGAUGCUGAUGGAGUACAUGCUCAGCAAGUACAAACACAAGGAGCCCCUACUGAGGGAAGAAAUGCUGAAUGUUGUCACCAAAAGUUUCAAGGAGCAGUUCCCUGAGAUCCUUAAGAAAGCCUCCAACCGCAUGGAUAUGGUGUUUGGCCUUGAGUUGAAAGAAAUCCAGCCCCAUGGCCAAGCCUAUGAGCUUGUCAGUAAGCUAGAAUUCCAGGAUGAUGGAAGUGGGAGCAGUGAGCUGGGUGUUCCUACUAGGGGCAUUCUGAUCCCCCUCCUAAGUGUGAUCUACUUAAACAACUACUGUGCCCCGGAGAAGGAGGUCUGGCAUUUCCUGAAUAUGUUAGGAGUCUAUGAUGGGGUCCCACACAUCAUCUUUGGGAAUGCCAGGAAGCUCAUCACUGAAGAUCUAGUGCAGGAAGAGUACCUAGAAUACCGUGAGGUUCCUGAUAGUGACCCUCCGUCCUAUCAGUUCCUGUGGGGUUCAAAAGCCUACGCUGAAAGGAGCCAAGUAAAGGUGAUGGAGUUUUUGGCCCGCAUCAAUGAAACUGACUCCUCUCCCUCCCCAUCCAAUCAUGAAGAAUCUUUUAAGGCAAAAGAUAAAACCCAAGCUGAAGGUACAGGCCAGGAAAGCACGAAAUCCAAGGCCAAGAAACGUUCUAAAGCCAAGUCCCGCCCGCCUACACCUACUAGUGAAAACUAA